AGAGUUUGCACUGCUCCAGUCACAGACAGGAUCUCAGAAGAAACUUCUGAGUCUGUCCUUUCUCAGAGAGCAACACGUGGCUCUAACUCCUCCUGAGUGACAGCGCUGCAUCAUCCAUCAACAGCUUGGAGUCAGACAAGCCAGGGCCUGACCCAAGGAGAAGGAGCGCACCGGGCAAGACAAAGGUGCUGGAAGCCAGACAUGGACUCAGAGACGAUUAAUCCCCAGCCCUUGCAGGAGGAGAGAUACGAUAUGUCGGGUGCCCGCCUGGCCCUGACGCUGUGUGUCACCAAAGCCCGGGAGGGUUCUGAGGUAGAUAUGGAUGCCCUAGAACGCAUGUUCCAGUACCUAAAAUUUGAAAGCACCAUGAAGAGGGAUCCUACUGCUCAGCAAUUUCUGGAUGAUAUGGAUGAAUUUCAGCAGACCAUAGAGAAUUGGAAAGAGCCUGUCAGCUGUGCCUUCGUGGUACUCAUGGCACACGGCGAGGAAGGCUUCCUCAAGGGAGAAGACGGGAAUAUGGUCAGACUGGAAGACCUUUUUGAGGUCUUGAACAACAAGAACUGCAAGGCCCUGAGAGGCAAGCCAAAAGUGUAUAUCAUCCAGGCCUGCAGAGGAGAGCACAGAGACCCCGGUGAGGAACUACCUGGAGAUGAACUUGCUGUGAUCAAGAAGAAAAACCCCCCAACUAUCCCAACAUAUACGGAUAUGAUCCAUAUCUACUCCACGGUAGAGGGGUUCCUCUCCUAUAGACAUGACCAGAAAGGCUCUGGCUUCAUCCAGACCCUGACGGAUGUGUUCAUUCAUAAAAAAGGAUCCAUCACAGAGCUGUUAGAAGAGAUCACCCGACUUAUGGCAAACACAGAGGUGAUGCAGGAGGGAAAACCAAGGAAAGUGAACCCCGAAAUCCAAAGCACCCUCCGGAAGAAGCUCUAUCUGCAAUAAAAGGAAAGGCAGUGACGGCCUUCCUGCAGCCGCUUUCUCGGUCGCCACCAGUCUUCAAAGAUAGUUCCUGGAUUCUUCAUUCAUCACAGCCCUUCAUCUGUAUCAGUUUCAGAGCAAGCCAGGCAACCAGAGCACAUUGACGCCACCUUCCUCUGCCUGGACUCCCUGACUCUGUUAAUGCAGCCUCGCAUGGUCUUCCUAUAGCUACCUUUCGGCUCUUUUGCCUCACCAAGCCUUCCUUUUCCUCCAACGACUCAACUGAAAAUGGUCAUUCCUAUUUCAGAGGUAGUAGCUUUCUGAACAAUUUCUAGAAACUUCCAAUAACCAAUUAAGGUCACCACUGUGGAAUCUGGGCAGUAGGCUGGAAGAGAGACCAGCCAUGUUGGCUUUACGGUCAUUAUGAGUCACAACUUAAGACGGGUCUCUUCUUUCUGGUCUCUCUUCUCAGGCUUUCCCAGCUUCCUCCUUUUCUUGUUCUUUGCCUGGGAUUCUUUCUAUAGCUCAUACACCCCUCACUUCCCUCCAGCUGACUUUGAAAUGGCUUUCGCAUCCGUCUCUCUUCUCUUCCCCGGACCCUCAAGGCUCGGCCUGAAUGAUCUCAACUCUGCCACAGCCAGAAUUCUUCCUCCUCUCUCUGCAUAACCUGUGGGGGAAUUCUCUCUGAAACACGCUGAAAGAUACAAUGAGCCCCGAGACCAAAGCUAAACGACAUCAUAUUCUUGUUUCUCAUGCUUGGUGUACAAUUCAUCAUUGUAAGGAAAUCAGGGCAGGACAUACAACAGCUAGUGACAAUAAAUAUUCUUACUCAAAAUCAAA